AUGGACAUUCCACAACUAGCCUUACCAACAUCCCUUGAUGAAGCUCAAAUCAAGACUCUCCCUUCGAAAGCUUUUUAUAUUCCUAAUUUUCUUACGGAGGAAGAAGAACAAAUAUUAUUGCAAAAAAUUGCCACAGCCCCAAAACCACGAUGGAAGCAUUUAACUCAUCGUCGUCUUCAGACAUGGCCCUCUGAUUUGACCAGGAAUACUCUAUUGGAUGCGCCUCUGCCCAAAUGGCUAACAGAUCCCGUUGUCUCUCGACUUCUCUCCUUACCUAUCUCGCACGAAACUGGAGCACGUCACAUUUUUAGUGAUAGUCCACAUGAGCGUCCGAAUCAUGUCCUAAUCAAUGAAUAUCUGCCAAAGCAGGGGAUUAUGCCACACAAAGAUGGAGCCGCCUAUCAUCCAGUCGUCUGCACUGUAAGCUUAGGCGCAAGCCUAUGCUUGAAUAUCUAUGGAGACAAAGACGACGGAACAAGAGAAGAGCAGCCAAGAUGGAGAAUUUUCCAGGAGCCAAGGAGUUUGUUGAUCACAACAGAUGAACUGUAUACAGACUACUAUCAUGGAAUAUCCGAGACGGAGGCAGAAAUUGACCUAAAUUCCACAACAGUCGCAAACUGGGAUCUCUUACGGUCUAAAGAUGAAAUUAUUGAUGGUAGAUAUGAGAGACAGGAGCGAACUAGCCUCACGUAUCGGGACGUACUCAAAGUAUCGAAGUUAGGUUCAAAGUUAGGGAUAUUUGGCAAACGAUGA